AUGGUUAUGUGGGUUCUUAAAGGUCAAUUAGGCCCAAUGAAGGCUUUAAGAGUGAUUAAGUAUUCUGUGGGGAAGUCUGGUGUGGAAUUUUGGAGGGAAAUGCAAAGGAACUCAGUGGCUGUUCGGCAACUAGUUCACUAUAAAGGACAACCGGAUCUUUUAAAGGGUAAUGCACUUAAUAAGUCCGUUAGGGAAACUGCACAGGAGGCUUUAACAGCUAUUUUUGCUGGUGAAGACAACAAUAAACCGCCACAAACCAAAGGUCUUGCACGGCGGAUUGAAGGUUUCGGUAAUACCAAUUAUAACAUGCCACCGUCUGAGGAUAAGAAGUCAUUUCUUAGUGAAGUGGUUGGCAUUGGAAGCACAACAAUUAAGCUUGGUUUGAAUAGUAUAGCACAAGCUCAAACCCCUAAAAACGACACGGGAACUUAUAGGAGCCCGAAUUUGCGAAGAUCAUUGACUAAUGAAACUAGUUACAAUGAUAACAAUCCGUUAUCAACAAAUGCUUCCGGACCAUGGAGUCAGGAUAAUAAAAUAAGUCAAACGUAUAUUAACAAUGGGAGUGCAAGCUCAAGUUAUUCACAGGAAAAGAGCCGUGAAAAGAGGUUAUUAGAGACCAUUGUUACAUCUGGUGGUGUUCGUCUUCAACCAACUCGCGAUGCCAUUCAGAUGUUUCUUUCGGAGGCCACAAAGUUGAAUGCUUUAGCUUUGAGUCACGCGUUAGAAGUCAAGCUCCAGUCGCACAUGUGGCAGCUAAAGAACAAUGGGCUACCCAAAUGGAUUGGUAUCACAAGGGAAGAAACCUCUUUUCUCAUUUAGGGUUAUCACAGAUGUGCAGUAUGCCGACAUUCCUGAUGGUCGAUUGUUUCUUGGCGUUCCUAGAUAUUACAGAAACAACAAAAGGAAAGAGGAAAUAGAGAGGAUAUACACAUCAGGAGGGAGUGUGUGCGAAUCAGAUGAUGAGCCAGGAGUGUCUAGGAUCUGAGCUUCAAUCGACGAGACACCAGAAGGUCUAGGACUCGCGCUUUCAAGAGCUUUCGGUGACUUUUUUGUUAAAGAUUUCGGUCUUAUUUCCGAGCCUGACGUGAUGCAAAGAACCUUAACCACACGCGAUCGUUUGGUUAUUUUGGCAACUGAUAGGGU